AGAAACACGGAAACUAAUGUGUUUAUAAGUGGCUACAUCCGGUUCUUCUGAACUCUGCUUGGGUCUUCAUUUACUGUGCAGUGAUUCCUGCUCAAAUCUUCUUUCUUUGUGUCCUCUUUUCCUGUUUAACUCUCUCUGCACAGGCAGCGAAAGGCGCUCAGAAGAUUUCCCGUCUGUAUGCUCUAAAACGAUGUGUGGCUGUGCGGGUUUUUCCUCUGGCGGGCUCGGUUCUAGCCUGGUGCUCCGGGACCUCUGAUCAUUUGAUUUUUCUGACUCUGAACUGAUCCGGACACUUUACAAUUACAAAAUGACCAGUGAGAAAAACCAGACCACCGAGGGAGAAAACGGAUCGAACUCCGAGACCAACGAGCACGACUAUGCCCACACAGCAGCUGGAAACUCUGCCGCCUCAGAGCCCUGCUCCACAUCCGGCACACCGGGGGCUGAAGGCACCGCCACACACACCCAGGGAAGCUUCACCUCACCGGCCGAGCUAGAGCCGCCUGCUCCGGAGCAGUCCACCCUGCCCGUGGAGCUCCCGGAACCGGCUGUGGGUGCGGAGGUGGACUGUCCAGGUGGACCUGAUGUGGAGGAGUCCUGUCGGCCACAGUCUGCAGGUGAACCUCCGGGCAGCCGCCGCAGACUCAACAUAAAGCGGCCGGAGGAUCGACACUGCUGCAGCUGUAAUCGGGAGUUCGAGCGGCAGGGCCGUAGCUUCAACCGGAGGGCCGUGUACACCUUCACCACCCCGGAGACCGCGCACUGGGUCUUCCCGGACAUCACCGUGCAUGACAAGUCCUUCCUGUGUGAGACCUGCGCCCAGGUCAUCAGGAGCAAAUGCAAACGCAAACAGAGCGCCAAAAGGUCUCUGUGGAUCAAACCUCCGCAACAGGUGUGCCACUGAAAAAACAUGGCAGUACAGAUGACAGAUACAGGCUUAGAUGACUUUCAAAACUGCAGAAUGUAAAGAUAGAGAACAGCCCAGUAUGACAGUGUUAUGAUCAUUAUCAUCGUGUUUUCUUUUUUCUUUUGGUGACCGCAGACAAGAGUGAAAGACAAGAAGACCGAACGCAGGAUGGGGAAGAAGAGCAAGGCUGCGCUGUUGGUGAGCAAAUCCUGCUACAGGGCCGCUUUGAAAACUCUCUGGUCUGCUAAAGGAGCCCGCAAACCCAUGAUGGAGUUCUGGAGAAAACAGCUGAAGGAGGAGGUGAGGGGCGGAUUCUUACUCUGGUCAAUGCAACAAUCAUAUCCUGCUUUCAGUCUCCUCUGUCUGCUGUUUCAUCUCCAUUUGAUUGUUGUUUUUGAUGCUUUGCAGAUGAAGACUCUGACACGACAGACCGACAGUCCUUUCCAGGAAAAGGUUUCAAGCAAGAAGCCGCUGUCGUCCUUCCCAUGGCGCCGCUGUUUGGACUGGACCCAGGAAAAAGCCCCACUCGUCUUUACCUGCCUCACCUCGCUGUUUCCAGACAUCAGUGCGCUCUCCAAGAGUGGACAGUGAGUCAGAGUCAGGGUACACUCGGCUAAAGAGCUUCAACUUGGGCCAAUUUUAGCUUAUAUUCUCAAGACUUAAAAAUGUAAAAUGUAAAUAUACACGACAUGUAAAUUAAAGUGUCUCAAGCACUUUUUAAUGUGAAGUUUGAUCACUAUGACCCACAGCACAAAAAAUGUAAAAAUACAUGCUUCCAAAUGUUGGACUUUUUUACUUUUACUUUGUAUUAAAAGGGAGAAUUUAUAAUAGGAGUUAGGUGAAUCCCAGAUGAGGAAAAUUACUGAGCACAUUUUUUGUUCCGUUAAAUUCAUUUUCCAUUUUGUCCACCUCGAAAGCUCAUUUCUCAGUCAGUGGUAAAGCUCUUCUCCUCCUCCUCCUAACCCUCUCUCCUGUUUGUGUGUGCAGUCAGCUGACCGAGGAGCAGUGUCAGACGCUGCUGGAGCGCCGGGCCGUGGUGGCGCUCUCCAUCCCUCUGUUCACUCGAAACGUCUGGAAAAAUAACUUCCUGCAGGCGUCUCUGGGGGCCGAACUCCGCCAGCAGGGCUGCACUGGCUCCACCCUCGAUGCCCUCAAUACGAUGGGACUGUGUCAGAACAAGGACACCGUGAGGUUACUGCUGCACCGGCUCAGAGAUAAGAAGACUGUGAGUAACUGUGGCUGUGCUUAUCUCAUUCUGUGCCAGGUUAAUUUAUGCAGUUUUCUCCCAGUGCCACUGUUGACCGCAAUAGAAAUUUCUGUAUCUUUGAGGACCCACAGAAUAUCUUGUGCAAUUUCUCAAAAGAAAGGGGUGAUUCUCUUAUUUCACCAGAAAAAAAGUUAGAUUCUAACCUACUCCUUUGUUUAGUUAUUGCCUGCUCAGUCUCGCUCACCAGUGGCACAACAGCACGCUGGUAAAUUGUUCCUUUAUUGUCGGUUGAAGGUUGAGUACGGCAUCUCCACUGGAUCCAGAGACAGUAGCGCCGCACCCACAGGAGCCGAUGUGCUGAGACCGUUUGCUCUUGGCUAAUGACUUUGACAUUUUCAUACUCUCCUCAUAGAGAAAAAACACUCCACAGCUAGGCUAAUUGGCACACUUGAUGGCAAACUUCUCACUGGGGAGUUCUUAUCCAAACCAUCAUUGACUUAAACUGUAAUCCUGCCACUGGCCUGGACUACAGCUCAGGUUAAUGACGCUGUUAUGCUCUGCUCCACAUGAUGGUAAAUUGGUGGCUCAGCAUAAUUUUUCAGUAUUUUGAGUUGAACAACUUUUCCAGCUUCAGUGGCAGGUUAACUUUCAUCAUUAGAUAACAGGGAUGUAGUUCUUUCUUAAUCCACAUGGUGGCAGCGCAGCAGAUGUUUACUUUCUUAACUUUGUUCUCUGUUCCCCUCAGGAGUCACAGAACGGACAACAGAGGAGGAUGAAACACAUGCAGAUGAAAGGAGAACAGAUGACAGAUGUGGAGGAAGAUGAUAUUGAGGAGGAAGACGAAGAGGAGGAGGAGGAGGAAGAGGAGGAGGAGGAAGAAGAAGAAGAGGAAGAGGAGGAGGAGGAGGAGGUGUUGAAGGAGGAUGAAGAGGAAGAAGAGGAGGAAGAAAUAGAGAUGGCAGUAGAGGAAGAAGUGGAAGAGGCAGAGGUGCAGGGGGAAGUACCAAUGGCAGAAGAGGAGGAUCAAACAGUGGAGGAGAAGAAGAGGAGGAGGAAGAAGGCCAAGAAGCAGAAGAAGGAGAAGAGGAAGGAGAGAGGGAAAAGAAAGGCAGAGGCGAGAGAGGAGCAGCAGCAGGAGGAGAUGGUGGAGGAUGACGAGGGGUCAGAGCAGAAGAAGAGGAAGGUGGUGGUGGUGAGACUCGGUCUGCUAAAGGGACACUCAGAGGUGGGACGAUCCGACCUAUCAGCUCCCUGAGAAUCAACAAGCCCCACCCAGUAACUCAACAAGCCCGGCCUCCAAAUAGAAGGGACGGGCACUUCGUCACCGAGGGGUGGUGGAAGACAUUCUGGGAGUUGGAGGAGGCCAAUAACUGUGAGAGAACUUCCAAAAGCUUUACUUUCAUGGGUUUGUUUUUGUAAUGCUUUAAAAUAUGAGCGAUGUGUCUUCAUUUAAGACUGGGAAAGACUCCAGGUGGAAAAACCACUCCUCUGAAACCAACAAGAAAACAUCCACAGGUUACUAAUCCCAGGAUUAUCUCAUCAGUUUUCCUUCUGAUGGUCAAGUUUGUCAUCUUAGUUCUUCUCUUUUGUACCAGCAUCACUUUAGGAUGGUAGCAGCUUCUGGACAACACCGUUUGGAAGGAGUUUCUUGAACUGACCCCACAGUUUAAAAGAAAUUCCCAUUAAGAAAAUGGUUUUAUAAUCCUAGAAAAGUUUGAUUUCAAGCCGUCUAAAUUUGGAACCAACAGUAAGAGGAGAAGACGAAGGACUAGCAUCAGUAAGAUUAAAGAAACUGUAAAAAAUGUUUGGUUAUUUUUGAGACUUCCUUCAUCGCACCUCAAAAUCAGUACUCUGUUUUUGUUUUUUAGGUCCUUAUUAAGAUAUCACGGUUUUAUUUAGGUGUUGGAAACAGAUCCUGAACUAAACAAGGUCCUAUGGUGUGGAGAAAUCAGCAUCCGGAUGGAAAAAAUAAGGUUUAUGUGGUAAACCAGUUGACAGAUCAGUGACAGCAGAUCCAAAAGUUAGUCAAAACUUCAACUCUGGAUUAAGGACAAAAUUUGGGCUGAGAGUGGCAGUUAUUUACCUUAUUAUCUGCAGAUUAUUAACCCAGUUUUUUAUCACAGCCUCUUUCACGUGCACUCCUGAAAACUUCCAGACAUUACUCCAGCCUUACAGCUUUAAGUUUUCCCUGACAGGAGAGGAGGGAAUAUGAAUCUCAGGCAGCGGGACAUCCAAACCUCACAGUGAUAGUCACAGUGUAAACUUAACGUUAUGAUGACAGACAGACACCGACAUUUUUAUUUGUGCAAAGUUUAAACAGUGGACAUCUUUACGGCUCUCAUCUCCCACACGGACUCUUUCACCUGUGGGAAAAGUUCAGAUGAAAGUCAGAGUGAACAUUUCCGCUCUCGAUGUUCACACAUGUGGCCUUCCCUGAAAAUCUCUGUUAGUUUUGGGGAGUUUGUGCUUGUGUGAAUACAGUGAAAGCAGUUUUCAAACAUGCACUCUUGAGUUCUGACCGUGUGAUUUACCUGACAUUGUGAGGUUACUCUUUUCGUAGGCGGGGUGUUUGGGGGUCAAGGAGGCUGGACUUUUCCCUCAUAUGAUAGCACAGGGGGGGCUAGCAGGAAAUACUGGGGGUGAAGUCGGGGUAAAUAAUUUGGCCGUUCACACAAACAGCUCACUCUGGAAAUUUUCAGGAACUCUGUGCAUGCCUGAAAGGGGCUGAUGUCUGAAUGAUGCCAAAACAAAGAGUCCAAACCCCAAAGAUGCUUCAUUUCCCAUCAUAUAUAAAGACAAACAGAAACCCCUCAUAUUAAGAAGUCAGAAUCAACAGGUUUGAAAGUUGACCGCACAAAAUGACUGAAGAGUUCAGGCACUUCUUAAAAAAGUGAACAGAUUUCUCUCAGUUAUCAAAUCUUUCAGUCAAUAGCUCUGGAGUUAAAAUCCAUUUUGGCUAACCACAGUCCUGUUACACCCGAGUUUAGCUCCUCCAGAUAAACUUUCAAUUCUUCCAUUUGUUAAAUUUUCUGAAUGCUCGGUGCUGGAUUGUUUUUUUUUUUACAGAAUAAAGUUGUUUUUUUAUGUUCUUGUGUAAAAAAGGGUUUGAAGGAGCAGAGCGAGUGUUAAAACAGCCUCCUUUUUAUUUCUGUUUUUGUCAUUGUGUUACUUUUUUUGGGCGGUGUUGAACCCUGAAGGUCAACGAGGCUUCGGUUGUUCUUGAUUGAACCAUCUGCGCUCAAGCCCUCUCUCUAUGAGUUCCCACAUUAUUAUUAUAAUUAUUAUUAACUCAGAUCUCCAGAAGGUUGUGCGAGUUUAGCUAGUUGUUACUAAAAAUACGGUUUAAUCACAUUAUCACAGCAUAGCCAAUAAAUAACCGUUUAAAUAGACUAACAUAGACAGUCAUCGAUGUUUAACUCUCACACACCAAGUCUAACUUGUCAGAGCUUACAAAGUGUGUGUUAUGGUUUUUCUAUGACAGGUUUAGGCAGCUGGUAAAUUCUGUGACAUUAACUUAACAUGAACUAUCGUUAUAGAGAUGUUAAAGAAAAUUAAACGGUCAAAAAUUCAAGCUUAUGAGAUAAUUACAUUUCAGAAUUUGGGGUCCUGUCUGUGAUGAUUUUACCGUCCCUAAUUAUUAUUUCCUGGAGGUUAAAUGUUUAAGUCAAAGCAGCCUGGAAACUACAUAUGUCCGUUUUUUUUUUCUUGCUUUAAUUAGUUCCAGUUCUUUUAAAUCAAACAAGGACCGAUGAAUCAGUGAGUGAUUUUAAUUGUUGGUGAUUACUUCUUCCAUUUUGUAGAAACAUGGCUGAACUUAUUGGUCAGAAAGAAACAGGAGAUGCUGUACGACAUAGUUUUUUUUCCCCUAAUAAGGGUUUGUUAUUUGACUUUUCAAAGAUGCAUUAGAAAAAUGUUUAUAUUUUUAUGUUUUUGAGCUGAGAAAGACUGUAAGGGAGACGACUCCUGACUGUUGACGUUCUGCCAGUUUGGUGCAGAUCGUCUGAUUUCUGCUGGUUCCUGUAAAAAUGUACCAAAUAAAAACACUUAAAUCUUC